AUGGACGGCUCUGUUUUGCCAAACAACAACCAUCCUGAUAAAUUCCUGCAACUGGAGGUUAAAUCUUUAGUGAAAAACUCUGCCUUUCUACCAGCCAACUGGGAAAAAUUCCCAGAAGCAGCUUUACCUGGAAUGCAGCGGUGGCACAACAGGGUCUAUUUACAGAAAGAAAAGAGAACUGUCACUGAGCUGCCAGGCUUAGACUUGAACAGGGUCAGUCAAGAAAUAAUAGACAAAUCCUUGGGCAAACACAUUACUCCCAUCACCCUGAAAUCCACAAUCAAGAGCAACCCAUUGUACAGUGAUUUCCAUGUUGAUGAUGACUGGGAGGAGAAGAAAAAGACCCCUUCCUGGACUGUGCAAGAGUAUGACAGACAGUCACUGCGUUCUAACUUGGCCAGCCACAUAAAGGAAAAUCCUAAUGAUCUGCAGUUCUGGAUGGGGGAUAUUUAUACUCCUGGAUAUGAUACCUUGUUAAAAAAGGAGCGAGGAAAAAAACGUUCAAAAUAUUGCCGAAUCAUUCUGCUCAUGGUACUAGCCAUUUGCAUCCUAAUUACUGUAAUCAUACUUAGCAUUUUACUUACUUAG